AGUUAUUUGAGAUGGGAAUGGAAAACAUGGUCUCCGAGCCCACUUAUAAAAUCUUCCAAGGCGGCAGAACGAGAGUGCUGCUGCUGCCCGGCCCCACCUUGCCGCAAUAACUCACGAGCCUGAGGCCAAAUCUGUAAAUUCAACCAAGGGCAAAACUCUUACAAAACAUCAGCAUUUUGGCCCUUUUUACAACACCCAUCCAUUACGCUUCUCGAGGCUUAAAAAUCGUUUAAAUAAUCGCUUAAUACUUCAUUCAUAAAUUUUACUCACAUUUCACGCACAAAACUCUCUCGCAUAGUCGCAUACACACCUUAUCGAUUCUUCUGUUCUCCUCUCCAAUGGCGAUGAUACUUCGCAAUGGUUGUGCGGGUCGGAUAGUCAAAUCCGGAGCUAUUCGAUCCAUGUCCACUUCGUGGUGGAAGCACGUGGAGCCAGCUCCCAAGGAUCCGAUCCUUGGAGUCACCGAAGCUUUUCUUGCUGAUCCUAGUCCUGAUAAAGUCAAUGUUGGAGUUGGUGCAUAUCGUGAUGAUAAUGGAAAGCCGGUGGUACUGGAGUGCGUCAGGGAAGCGGAGCGGAGAAUCUCCGGUAAUGUGAACAUGGAAUAUCUUCCCAUGGGGGGAAGUGUAAAUAUGGUCGAGGAGACUCUGAAGCUGGCGUAUGGAGAGAACUCUGACUUGAUCAAAGAGAAGCGGAUUGCAGGUGUACAGGCUCUCUCUGGGACUGGUGCAUGCCGGCUCUUUGCAGAUUUCCAAAAGCGUUUUUCCCCUGAUUCACAAAUCUACAUUCCAGUUCCCACCUGGGCAAAUCAUCACAACAUUUGGAGAGAUGCUCAUGUUCCUCAGAACACAUUCCAUUAUUAUCAUCCAGAGUCUCGGGGUUUGGACUUUGCUUCAAUGAUGGAGGACAUAAAGAAUGCACCAAAUGGGUCAUUCUUUUUGCUUCAUGCUUGUGCUCACAAUCCAACUGGAGUGGAUCCUACAGAAGAACAGUGGCGAGAGAUCUCACAACAGUUCAAGGUCAAGGGGCACUUUGCCUUCUUCGAUAUGGCAUAUCAAGGUUUUGCUAGUGGUGAUCCGGAGAGGGAUGCAAAGUCUAUUAGAAUUUUUCUGGAGGAUGGCCAUUUAAUUGGAUGUGCCCAAUCAUAUGCGAAGAAUAUGGGAGUUUAUGGCCAGAGAGUGGGUUGCCUGAGGUACUUGUAACUAUGUACUGAACACUUAACCAAGAAUCUUUGAUAUUUUCAUCUCUGUUCUACUUAAUGACAUAUACCCAACUGCAUAUAUUCAUGACUUUGUGUCUCUGUUCUGUACCGGAGUAAUAUUAAUUCUUAGCUAGGACCCGUCUGCAAUCUGCUUCAAAAAAACAGACAACCUUUCUUGAUCUGGAAUUUUUGUUGAAAGCCAGGCCAUUUCAUGCAAUAGCAUGGUGAAAAAGCAUGCACGAAAUCAGAAAGUACACUAAGUUGAAAUACCAUAGAUGAAAAAUGUUUCAUUCUACCAGUGUGCCACCACCCUAAGCGCUGUUGUAAUUGACUUUCUGUGAGUCUUAUGACAAGCCUCUAACAAAUUCUUAUCAGGGACUACUUGCUACUGCUUUUCAUCCAGUUGCAUAGCGCAUUAAUUUGAUAUUUAGAACUGGCAAUUAAAUGCAAUCAUUAAGAGUUCAUUUUUCCUUUGGCUCACAUUCAGGUGCAAGUUUGUUCAAUGUUGUGAAUAUUAACAACCUAAAAGUCGCUAUGUAAGAAACGACAACUAUCGUUCUUGUGUGCAUUUUCAUAUAUACAUUCAUUUCUAUUUCUUGUUUGCUUCCUCUUCCAUUAAA